AAAAAGGAAAAUUACGAACGCAAAAUUCCUCCGUUCAUCCAUCUCCGUUUUAUUUUCCAGAAUCUUCACAGCGUCGGCGUCGGCGAGACGUACGGAAACCAUGGGAGUCGUGGAGGAGGCACAAAAUGUGAAGAUCAUCGGCGGCGGGCAGCAGACGGUGGUUCUCGGCCACGGAUUCGGCACUGAUCAAUCGGUCUGGAAACACCUGAUUCCGCAUCUCGUCGACGAUUACAAGGUGGUUUUGUACGACAACAUUGGCGCCGGAACUACCAAUCCGGAUUACUUCGAUUUCGAACGCUAUAGAACGCUGGAAGGCUUCGCCUACGACUUGCUAGGGAUUUUGGAGGAGCUUCGGAUUGAUUCCUGUGUGUUUGUCGGCCACUCUGUUUCCGCCAUGAUCGGCGCCGUCGCCUCCAUCACUCGCCCCGACCUCUUCCAGAAGAUUAUAAUGAUCUCCCCGUCGCCGAGGUACUUGAACGACGAAGACUACUUCGGAGGAUUCGAGCAAGAAGAACUGAACCAACUAUUCCAAGCAAUGCAGUCGAACUACAAGGCCUGGUGCUCUGGGUUCGCCCCUCUGGCCGUGGGUGGCGACAUGGACUCCGUGGCUGUUCAAGAGUUUAGCCGAACCCUGUUCAACAUGCGCCCGGACAUAGCAUUGAGUGUGGCGCAGACCAUCUUCCAAAGCGACAUGAGAAACAUUCUCGCCCUUGUCACUAUCCCCUGCCAUAUCAUCCAAAGCAUGAAGGACAUGGCGGUCCCGGUGGUGGUUUCCGAGUACCUCCACUGCAACCUCGGUGGCGACUCCAUUGUCGAGGUCAUGGAGUCCGACGGCCACUUGCCUCAGCUCAGCUCCCCUGAUAUUGUCAUUCCGGUGAUUCUUAAGCAUAUUAAGUAUGACAUUGCAGCCUAGUUUUUGUUGGACGUAUAUAUAUAUAUAUUUAUUAUGAUUUGUUAGCAAUAAUGUAAUUGUCUCCCCCAUGUCUCAUUGUUUUUCUUCGUUUAUAUAUGUUUUGCUUAAAGAUUACUGUUUGAAAACGAUUUGUAAUUUGUAAUUUCCCAUCUCGAAUCGGUCCCAAUUUUAGACUAAAUAACUCUUUCGGAUUCAUGGACUCUAAAGCUCCA